GCUAUAACACACAUUUCGCUCUGGCUUGUAUGAGCUGCACUUUCAGUUUGUUCUGCGGCGGAAGGAGGACUUUUUGUUCGUUUAGUUAUUAUUUUAUUUUUUAAUCUUUAUUUAAAAUAUAUUUUAUGUGUGUCGGAGAAGAUAUAUAUACUUGAGUUCGUCUGCUUUUCGUGUUUUAUUUCUUUCAUUUGAUUUCGCUUCGACUCCAACAGGAUGGCUGCUAGCAUUAAGGCACUCCAGCAGUGGUGUAAAAUUCAGUGUGACGGCUACCGGGACGUGAAUAUCACCAACAUGACCAGCUCUUUCAGGGAUGGCUUGGCUUUCUGCGCUCUGAUCCAUAAGCACAGACCUGAUCUCAUUAACUUUGAUUCUCUCAACAAGGAGAAUGUGUACGAAAACAAUAAGCUGGCUUUUGGAGUUGCAGAGGAGAAGCUGGGGAUUCCUGCCCUACUGGACGCUGAGGACAUGGUGGCGCUAAGGGUUCCAGACAGACUGAGCAUCCUGACCUACGUCUCGCAAUAUUACAACUAUUUCCAUGGCCGCUCUCCCAUUGGUGGAAUGGCUGGCAUCAAACGGCCAGCUGAAGAUGUUAAGGAGGAGCCAGCUGGAAAGAGAAAUUCCCCUGUAGCUGCAAAAAAAUACCCUUCUGCACCAGUGAUCGAGAACAAACCAGCCAUUGCCAAGACUGCUGUUCCAAACAAACCAGCUCCAGUUGUGACUCCCGUUCAGCCAAAGUCAGAGGAACCGAAGAAAGUAUUGGUGGAAAGUACAAACCGAUCUGGCACCCUCAGCAGUACCUGUGUUGUGUGCAAGAACCACGUCCACUUGGUACAGCGACACCUAGUGGAUGGGAAGCUGUAUCACAGAAAUUGCUUCAGGUGCAAACAAUGCUCAGUGAUUCUGCUUGUGGGAACGUACCGUCCUGGGCCUGAUCCUGGAACCUUUGUGUGCACAUCUCACCAAAACAGCCUAAACAAGCUUAAGCCUGCAACAGGGUCAAGUGUCCAGCCCAGUCCAGUUUUCAACUCUGUGGUACCAACCAAACAAAUCACCCCUGUGCCUACACCAGCACCACGUCAGUCAACAGUGAUGAACGUGAACCUUAAACCAGCUGAUGUAACAUCCCCAGCUAAACCAUGGUCCUCGUCAGCAGAGAAGACAAAGGUAGCAAGGGAUAAAUUCUUUGAAACAAGCCCUGCCACAGUGGUCAGUCCUUCAACAAACCGGUGGUCGACUCCAAGUAUUGCCAUAGACAUCACCGAUAAAGACAAAGCUCGAUCCAUACUGGCUAAAAAACUUCCUAUUGAGGGAAACAAUAACAACAAUGCCACCAUUACCAGUUUGGGUGGAAACAAAACCCCGAAUGCCCAAGUUGAAAAAGCGUUUGGCAACAAGACUCCAGCAACAGAAACAACAAGUUGGAAGUCUGAGAAUAAAACACCCAAGAAUUCUACGCCCAGACCGUAUUCCGCCAUUGAGCCCUCCUUUCGGAUGCAGACUCCUGUAAUUGAAAUCACUGGGAUUAAGAAACCUUCAGAAGAAACUCCAAAGAAGCCUAGUAACAUCAGCGAUACUUCCGGAAAAGGGCUGACGCAGUGGUCUACUAGUAAAAAUACUCCUCGUAUUAUGGACAGCAGCAUUUCGGAGUCACCUUCUGACUGGAGAUCCAAACUGAAGCCGGUGGCAAGAAAGGAGGCUGUAGGGACAAUAGACAUUAAAAACAAAAAUCCUACAAUUAAUCCUAAUGAAAAGAAGAGUAAAGACCACUCAACAUCCAAAGUUGAAGAUUCCGUAAAUCCUCCACCAAAGCCUGAAUGUCCAAGUAUCCCCAAAACUAUUCAUAUUCCUCAGCCUCCUGCUCCAAUGAAGGAAAACCAAGGAACUCCAUCUAUUAAGCCAGAAAGCAAAACUCCAGCAAUAUCCCCAAAUGUAAAAGUGGAACACCCAAAGAUUACAUCUCCUGAACAAAUCUCCAGUCCUGGACUGAAAUCUCCAAAGAAUCGACAAGACUACAUCCCAGAGGAAAAGAUUCAAGAAGAGCUGCAAGAUAUUGAAAAACAGCUUGACGACCUGGAGAAGCAGGGUGUAGAGUUGGAGAAACAGCUUCGCAGUUGCGAGGGAGAUGAAAAGGAAGAUGUGCUAAUGGUGGACUGGUUUAACCUAAUCCGGCAGAAGCAGCUCCUCAUGAGGCGGGAGUCUGAACUAGUUUACAUAUCAAAGACACAGGAUUUAGAAGAACAACAGCCAGGUGUGGAAGAGGAGCUCCGAAGACUAAUGAAUAAGCCGGAUCACCUUAAGACAGAUGCGGACCGAACUCAUGAAGCUGAGCUGAUGUUUAAACUUGUUGAAAUUGUAAAUGAUCGAAAUGCUAUUAUUGAUGGUCUUGACGAGGACAGACUUCGGGAGGAGGAGGAAGAUCAGCAGUUGGAAGAGAUGAUGCAGAAGUUAGAUUUAAAGAAGGAUAGCGGAGAAAAAGCCAAGAAAUCAAAAUCUCCCAUAACCAAGCUGUUCAGACGGAAGAGUAAACGUGAAGCAGAAUCCUAGGCGGUUGUCUUGCAUAUGAUGUUCAGCUUUAUCUGACUACACUGUCUGUGAUUCUUUCUUUUCUUUUUCUUUUUUUUUUAUUUGUACACAUUUUUGGUGAGUCACAGAGUGCCGAGUUUGUGAAUUUUAUUUUAUUUUUUUUUUCCAUUGGCACAUGACCUGAAACACACGCCAUCUUUAUUUCUAAAAUCUCUUCAACAGCAACAUGAAAAGGUGAGUGACCGAUCAAAAGGGCCACUUCAUCAAGUAAAAAGUUACUGACAAGUUGUUGUUUUUAAUUGUGACAGAAUGUCCAAUAAAUAAAGUGGCCUGACUGUAAAUACUGUAUAGCAGGAACAUUUAUCGCAUUUUAUUUUGUGCAAUGCAUUUCUCUUUAUCUUCUUUAUCAAGUUUCUUUUUUUUUUUUUACAGUAAAGAAACUUCUGCACUAUCUCUUGUAUUUUAUGGACAUUGUAGAUUUCUAUACUUUGCAAGUUUUCUUUUAAAUGAGUGGCAAACUCCUAAUAGUUUUUUUUUAAAUAGUUUAAUUAGUAUUUAAUUUAUAAGUAUGUUUUUGUUUUAACUCCGUAUAAUGUACACUAGUUCGAGUAGCAGGUAAAAAAGCAGUUAAAAUCAAGAUCAGGAAAGAGGGAAUAAUCAACUUUUGCAGUACGCACUUUAAUGAUUUGAAGCUGCAAUAAGAAGCUCACUUGGACGUUGCAUCAGACCUUGAGUUGCCACUGAGGAUGAUGCUUUAUGAAUGUUCAAUAUAUGAUUUUGAAGCUAAUUCUGUUUCGGGCCCUGCUCACUUUCCUUUUCCUGGAAUAAACAAACCCUUUUUUCAAAGUGACUGCUGGUGUUUGUGCAUGUGCAGUGCUGUAAGUCAUUCUGGUAACACAUUUUAUGGCCAGAAGGUGGCACUGUGGUUGUGGGUAAGCAAACCCUGCUGUUUGUGUCUUUGUGUUCCUGAUACUGGAUUUGUGUGUUUGUUCAAAGCUUAAUUUAUUAAUGUUGGACAUGAUAACGAAAAUAAUUCACAUCUGGUAAAUUGUUGUCUAUUUUCAUAUUAAUGGUACUGAAUGUUUCAUUCUGGUAGUGCUUGUCAAUACAUUUAACUUUUUAAAGUUUUUAAUUCCUCUGUUUUUAAAAGUCAAUCAAACUUCAUUUUUUUCACCUCAGACAAAGGCUGUGUGUUCUUUUUUUAAAAAAAUCAUGUACAGGUAUUUUCUAAGUUUAAAGGUUAAGCUAAAAUGUUUUGAGCAGAUGGCUCUGCUUCUUGUGAAGUCAUUUUUUUAUCUGUGUUUUUACAACUGUUUUGUAUUUCUGUUCAUUUAUAAAUAAAAGCUUUAAUACAC